AACAAAUUUUAUCCAUUAAGUAACCAACGAAUGAGCUCUGGAAAUUUCUACCGCGCGAAAUGGCUUCAUUUUCUUCUUCUUCUCUCUUCUUCCCGGCCACGUUCAUCUCUCAUAACCACCAUGGCUUCUUCUUCUCUCCUCCUUCCGGCAUACGCCGCCUAUCGCUCUGCAAAUCGGAGAGUUUCAGUCGUUCCAUAGGUUGUUCGCGCGAGGUGUCCAACAUUCCGACGAAUGGCGUCGUGAAGUGGAAUUCCGUAUCCAUAAAGGCCGAAGGAUUGCAGCAGACGGAGCCGAUGGUUCCUCCCUACAACGUUUUGAUUACCGGCUCCACUAAAGGAAUAGGAUACGCGUUGGCCAAACAGUUUCUGAAAGCAGGUGACAAUGUUGUCAUCUGUUCACGAUCAGCUGAGAGGGUUGAGUCUUCUGUUCAAAGCCUGAGGGAAGAAUUUGGGGAGCAGCGUGUGUGGGGUACUAGAUGUGACGUGCGAGAAGGAGAGGAUGUAAAGAAUUUAGUCACAUUUGUGCAGAAAAAUCUUAAAUAUAUUGACAUUUGGAUCAAUAAUGCAGGAUCAAAUGCUUAUAGCUUUAAGCCUUUGGUCGAGGCAUCAGAUGAAGAUCUCAUCGAAGUUGUCACUACAAAUGCUCUUGGUUUGAUGAUAUGUUGCCGAGAGGCAAUAAAGAUGAUGUUAAACCAACCUCGAGGGGGUCAUAUUUUCAACAUUGAUGGGGCUGGUUCUGAUGGACGACCUACCCCUAGGUUUGCUGCAUAUGGGGCAACUAAAAGAAGUGUUGUCCAUUUAACGAAGUCAUUACAGGCCGAAUUGCGGAUGCAGGACGUCAAAAACGUUGUGGUGCACAAUCUUUCGCCGGGGAUGGUUACAACUGAUCUUCUCAUGUCUGGUGCUAAUACAAAGCAGGCGAAAUUUUUCAUCAAUGUCUUAGCGGAACCGCCUGAAGUGGUCGCAGAAUACCUUGUCCCAAACAUAAGAUCUAUCCCGGCCAAUGGUUCAACAAGGCCCACAUACAUUCGUUUUCUCACUGGACUGAAAGCUUAUUCCCAGAUAUUCUCAAGACUUGCUUUUGGUGCCAGAAGAAACAGAUAUCUUCUAGAAGAUUAAUAAGAACUUCCCUCCUCAUUAUGGACCCGUUGGAGUUCUCCUAAAAGUCUGCGCAAGGAAAUGGUGCCCUCCUGUCUCUGAUCUAUCUAUUUAUCUAUAUUGGAAAACUGUUGUUUUUUCAUUAAAUUUCUAUAUAAAUGUUAAUUGUAAUUUAUUAUUUAUAUUUACUUAAAAGUUGUAUAACUAUUAUUGUUUUACCAAACCA